AAAGAGGAAGAGAGAGGGAGAGGGAGAGAGAGGGAGAGGCGCCGCCGAGCCCACCCCGAUGGCCGCGGACGAAGUUGCCGGAGGGGCGCGCAAAGCCACGAAAAGCAAACUUUUUGAGUUUCUGGUCCAUGGGGUGCGCCCCGGGAUGCCGUCUGGAGCCCGGAUGCCCCACCAGGGGGCGCCCAUGGGCCCCCCGGGCUCCCCUUACAUGGGCAGCCCCGCCGUGCGACCCGGCCUGGCCCCCGCGGGCAUGGAGCCCGCCCUCUUGGGGGGUGGGGAGAGUGGCAAUAGAGGGGUACGGCGAUUUAGCUGUGUGUCCACAAGUGUGGGUCUCCGGAGCCCCUCGGUGGGAAAUCUCUGCCCUGUGGGACUUGUUCUUGCCAAGAGGAGGAAGAUGGCUGACAAAAUCCUCCCUCAAAGGAUUCGGGAGCUGGUCCCCGAGUCCCAAGCUUACAUGGACCUCCUAGCAUUUGAGAGGAAACUGGAUCAAACCAUCAUGCGGAAGCGGGUGGACAUCCAGGAGGCCCUGAAGAGGCCCAUGAAGCAAAAGCGGAAGCUGCGGCUUUAUAUCUCCAAUACUUUUAACCCUGCAAAGCCUGAUGCUGAAGACUCUGAUGGCAGCAUUGCCUCCUGGGAGCUGCGGGUGGAGGGGAAACUCCUGGAUGAUCCCAGCAAGCAGAAGCGGAAGUUCUCAUCCUUCUUCAAGAGUCUGGUUAUUGAGCUGGACAAGGACCUUUAUGGCCCGGACAACCACCUCGUUGAGUGGCAUCGGACCCCUACCACCCAGGAGACGGACGGGUUCCAGGUGAAGAGACCGGGCGACCUCAGUGUGCGCUGCACCCUGCUCCUCAUGCUGGACUACCAGCCUCCCCAGUUCAAACUGGACCCCCGCCUGGCCCGGCUGCUGGGGUUGCACACACAGAGCCGCUCGGCCAUUGUCCAGGCCCUGUGGCAGUAUGUGAAGACCAACAGGCUGCAGGACUCUCACGACAAGGAAUACAUCAACGGUGACAAGUAUUUCCAGCAGAUUUUUGAUUGUCCCCGGCUGAAGUUUUCUGAGAUCCCCCAGCGCCUCACAGCCCUGCUGUUGCCCCCUGACCCGAUUGUCAUCAACCACGUCAUCAGUGUGGACCCGUCAGAUCAGAAGAAGACGGCGUGCUAUGACAUCGAUGUGGAGGUGGAGGAGCCACUGAAAGGGCAGAUGAGCAGCUUCCUCCUGUCCACAGCUAACCAGCAGGAGAUCAGUGCUCUGGACAGUAAGAUCCAUGAGACGAUUGAGUCCAUAAACCAGCUCAAGAUCCAGAGGGACUUCAUGCUAAGCUUCUCCAGAGACCCCAAGGGCUAUGUCCAAGACCUGCUCCGCUCCCAGAGCCGGGACCUCAAGGUGAUGACAGAUGUAGCUGGCAACCCUGAAGAAGAGCGCCGGGCCGAGUUCUACCACCAGCCCUGGUCCCAGGAAGCAGUCAGCCGCUACUUUUACUGCAAGAUCCAGCAGCGCAGGCAGGAGCUGGAGCAGUCGCUGGUGGUGCGCAACACCUAGGAGCCUGGAUACCACUGUGGACCAGCCAGCCGCGCCCUGCUCCCCAGUGCUCGGCCCAUCGCGCGGGCCUCACGCCUCUGCUACCUUGGUGGGGUGGGGAGGACUGGAUUAAAGGUCAUUCAUCUAACAGUAGUCUUGUGGUCAUUGCACACUGAGAAGGGAAGGAAGAAAAGAGGGAGGACAGGGAGGG